GUGUCCACAAAAUUACCUUCCAAAUUGUCUUUGCACUUGCAAAUUUUGUUAGUUAUGGUUGUUUUUUUACAUUCGUAAGACAAGAUAGAUAAUCUUAUCUAAUUGACAUAUUAGAGUGGUUAAUGUGAUCAAUCGUUUUAUGACUUAUCUUAUCAAAUGUCUUGUGCUUUAUCCUGAGCUGAAUUAUUUAAUAUAUACAGCUCUCCAAAUGAAUUUGGUUAGUCUGUGGAAAUACAAUUAAGGAUGAAGACCUUGGUAUUGGUCUUACUGGGUUUGGCCAUUCAUUUGGCUUUGGUCUCUGCCUCGCCUUUAAGACAUAGCAGCUUUGAUUUGGUGGAAUCCAGAGCCACAGGAGAUGUAAAAUUCUAUCUGUAUACACGUGACAAUGCCAACACUGCCCAGGAAUUGUUUAUAAACAAUGAAGAUUCUGUAAAGAAGUCACAUUUUGAGAAAUCAAGACCCACUAGAAUUAUUAUCCAUGGCUGGGGUGGCUCUUAUACUUCCACCCCCAAUAAACCCAUACGGGAGGCUUAUCUUUCAAAAGAUAAUUACAACAUCAUUUCUGUCGAUUGGAAUGCCUAUUCAAAAUUGAAUUACGUUUCGGCUCGUGCCAAGGUGCCUGUGGUGGGCGAGGAUGUUGCCGAAUUUGUUGACUUUUUGAAUGCAAAAUUCGGCAUGAGCUUUAGUAACUUGGUGGUUAUAGGCCAUAGUUUAGGCGCCCAUGUGGCUGGUUAUUGUGGCAAGAGAGUUAAACGUGGUACCCUGGCUGCCAUUGUGGGCCUUGAUCCUGCCUAUCCCAUGUACAGCUAUGAAAAUCCCGAAACCCGUUUGGCCAGCACCGAUGCCAAAUAUGUGCAGACUAUACAGACCAAUGGAAAUGUGAAAGGUUUCCUCAAACCCAUUGGCACAGCCUCAUUCUACCCGAACUGGGGUCGUCAUCAACCAGGCUGUGGCACGGAUCUCGAUGGUUCCUGCUCCCAUGGUCGUUGCGUCAGCUAUUAUGCAGAGGCCAUUAAGGGCUACUCCUUUGCCCCCGUCUACAAGUGUAAGAAUUACGACAAUAUUUUGGAUAAGAAGGGAUGUGACGACUUGGAUGCAAGUGCUCAAAUUGGUGAUCCCAUGCAAGUCAAUCGUGUCUCUGGAAUUUUCUAUUUUACCACAAACAGUGCUGCACCCUAUGGUCAUUUGAAAGAUCGUUCGUAAAUGGACAACAGAGUUUGAUUGAAAAUAAAUGAAAA